GAUCUGCACCCCAGCGACGCGCUGCCGCAAUUCGCCUAUCACACCUACAACACCACCACCGCAGCAUAUUAUACAAACAUCGCCAUGUCGACUGCAUCCCCCACCCCGCUGGGCUCCUACAGCAGCCUAGGCCGUAUGCGCUCGCAUUCUUCGAUUCGUCCCAGGAGGGACUCGCCAUUGAGCGUCCUCGGCCAGAGCCAGGGCUUUUCGGCCGAUGCGCCCAUGAUGCAGAAUAUAAACAUUGGCGACAGUUCCGACGACGAAUUGCCCCAACCCAUGAAACUCAGCGCUCUCACCACUGCGCUGCUCGCCCGGGACGAACUCAAGUCCCCCGAAAAAGUCACACGCCAGCCCAAGUUGCGCAUUUCGAGAAGUCCGCGGUCGGGCUCGGAAACCCCAAUGCACGAUUCCGUCACCCCAGCCCCGAGCAUGCAACGAGGAUUGAAGAGAGUACCGCUGGCAGGACGACCUAUGAGGAGAUUCCGAAGGACUCCCCAGAGCGAAGAGGAAAACAACAAUCCGCCUUCGCAGGACCAAGAAAACCUGCCCAUGUCUGUCGCCAAAGUCACUUCAAGCCAGGACGCAGGUUCCGUCAUGAAACCCCAACAGGUCCACGCCCCCGAUUCCGUCAUGAAAGCAACAGAUCACGAUAGAAGACCUGCUCCAGUACCGCAAUCGCCUAUCCAAAGACAAGAAAAGCCCGUGCCCCUUCAAUCGAUAAGCGCCAACACUCCUCGCAGGCCGGCGCCUCCACCCCCGCCCAAGAUGUCUGCCUUGGAAACCGCUACAGCUGCUGCAGGCGCUGCCACGACCAAGACGCGCAAGAAGAGAAGCACGCUGGCUGUCAAUGGCAAGCACUAUCGACAAAUGGACCGCGUAGGCAAAGGUGGCAGUUCGGCCGUGUAUCGUGUAAUGGCAGAAAACUUCAAACUUCUUGCUCUAAAGAGAGUGAAUCUUGAGGGUGCAGACGAAGCCGCUAUCCGCGGGUUCAAGGGAGAAAUCGACCUGCUCAAAAAGCUCGAGAAUGUAGAGCGAGUGGUGAGGUUAUACGACUGGGAAGUGGAUGAAAGUCGGCAAAUUCUGAGCGUGCUCAUGGAACUGGGUGAAUCCGACCUUGCGCGCAUCAUCCGCAUGAAGCUCGAUCCUGCCGAGGCUGAGCUUGACCUGAGCUUCACACGAUUUUACUGGAAAGAAAUGCUCGAAUGCGUUGGCACAGUCCACGAUCAUGACAUCGUACAUUCAGACCUGAAACCCGCCAACUUCGUCCUCGUCCAAGGCCGCCUCAAACUCAUCGACUUCGGCAUCGCCAACGCCAUCGAAACCGACCACACCGUCAACGUCCACCGCGAUUCGCAUAUCGGCACCCCCAACUACAUGUCCCCAGAAAGUCUCGAAGACUGCGCCGGCGGCGGCUCUCGCGGGCAACUCUCCAACGGCCACGCCACAAAGGACAUGAAACUCGGCAAAGCCUCCGACGUCUGGUCCCUCGGCUGCAUCCUCUACCAAAUGGUCUACGGCCGCCCCCCCUUCGGCCACAUCGCAAACCAAAUGUCCCGCGUCCUCGCCAUCAUCAACCGCGACUACCAAAUCGCCUUUGACGACACGGGAAUCGGCGGUGUCCCCGUCCCCCGCGGUCUCGUCAAAACCAUGCGCGCCUGCCUCAACCGCGACGCCUCUCUCCGUCCCACCAUCCCCGAACUCCUGGGCCCUUCGGACCCCUUCAUCUACCCCGAUGCACCAGAGGGCGACCUCCCGAUUUCGCUGGCUCUGCUCGACCAGAUUAUUCACAGGGUUGCCGAUCGCUUCAGAGACCCUAGCAAACCCGAGCCUACCGAAGACGAGAUUCGAGGGUACGGUCCGAGCUUCUAUCAGAAAAUUGCUAGUCUGUUGGAGGGCAAGUAG